UCAAGCAACAUAUAUCUCUCAUCUAUAACCGAUACUAUACUAUAUAAACCCCAAACACACACACACACACACACACAAACUAAACAAAAACAAACAUUUUUACAACAUGACAUACCUAACUCACUCUUUGCUCUUCUUCUUCUCUUGCUUGUCUUUGAUUCUUUGUGUCUCUAAUGCAGGAAGCAGACCUGUCCAUGGUCCAGCUUACACAAACCCGUCUGCUUUCUCCCCAGAAGCAUACGAUUUCUUUCACCCAAAAUCAUCAAUCCCUGAUCACAACAAUCCACCGAAAAACUCACCUUCUUCGCCAUCGACUUCGCCUACACCUACACCUUCACCUUCAAAAACAUCCAUCGUAGAAGCAGACUCACAAGGAAGUAAAGUUUCAUCAGACGAACACACAACAAGUGAGAGUCGUCGCAGAGAAGAUGAAGAAGGACGAGGAGAAACCAUUGGAGUAGUGUUAGGCCUUUCUUUCGCAGCGUUUCUCUCGUUGGGAAUCUUCUUUGUGAUCAAGAAACGACGUGCUCGUAUGAUCCGCACUAUUGUCACUCACUCUGAUGCUUAAGUUAACUUUUUAAGCAAAAGAAAGCAAAAUAAAAGUUUUGGUUUAUUUCGGAUCGGUUUAAAUGUAACGUUUAUAAGAUAAAUUUGCUAAAUCAUGGUUAGUUCACGUCAA